AUGGCUGCUUCAUCUCGUUGUCGUAUUUGUUGUCUGGGUUUCUCAACAUUUCUUGCUAUUUUCUCAGUUCUUCUACUUUUAAUUUGUCUAUUUUCUGCAAGUUUUCGAUAUAAUUCGGAUAAUAUGGAAGGUGUCAAAAAAUAUGGAUUGAUUCGAUUCUGUUAUUUACCGAAAUCGAUUGAUAUUUCGAGAGAUGGUUUGUUUUGAAGGAAAAAAUGGAAUUAGGAAACCCGUGGGUUACUGUAAGAAAUCUAUAACUCUUUUCAAACAAAAAGGGAAAACUAUUCCAAUUUGGAGAUGUUUUUCCCGAAAAAUAACACUAUUAAAAAACAAUAAUGAACUUUUUCUUGGGGAAAAUUAAAUUCAUUUUUCAUAAUUUGAAAUUUCCAAAUAUUUGCCUAUUAGAGAAAUAUUUCUGAAAAUUGAAAACCUCACAAAAACUAAACUUUUCUAUUCCUUUAAACCCAAUUUUGCAGACGACAGUAAUACAAAAACAUGUCAUCUUCGAAGUUACAUCAACUCCGCUUAUUGUUCCGAAAAUCGUAAUUCCCUCAACACACACGACAAAUCAUCUCGAAAUUGUUUUGGUGAUUUCGAAUUCGCUUCAAUUCUUCUGAUUUCCGCCUCAAUUUUCUGUUGUAUUCUGGCACUAUUUUUCGCGAUUUGCACAAUUUUCACCAGUUUUGGAGCAUUGGCUCAUUCAGUUGUAUUGAUUGCAGCCGCAAUUUGUAGUUGUUCAGGAUUUUUGAGCUAUACUUAUUAUUAUGAAUUGAAGGAUAAUCAAUAUGAAUUGAUUGCUGGCUAUACUUUUUUGGUGAGUUUUUUUUUUGAAAUAUUAUGCUGGCUUACAAGAUCACAAAUUUUCUUGAAAUCCCAACAAUUUCCAGAUUCACUACGAUUGGGCCUAUUAUUUAUUUGCCUUCGCCUCAUCUCUCCAAUUCCUCGCAUUUAUUUUAAGUCUCUUUGGUUCUGCUUUCGUUUUGGUUCACAAGAACAAAAAACGUCAGUCAAAGGUUCAAAGUAUGAGUUUAUAA